CAGAACCGCUGCUGGUUCACAGAGUCCCCCCAUCCCUCUCAAUCUUCCUCUAGCCUGAAGCCGCAGACCAUGGACUAUAUGCUCGGAGCCGGGAUGCGUUUUAUUCACAGCCGCUUCGCCUCCUGCGAUUUCACCCGGUGUUGAGGGAAAGCUAAGAGAAUGAAGGCUCUAAGUCCCCAGUGGAAGCAUGAUAUGGCGAUGCAGUGCUGGUGCUGAAUUGCUCUCUCUGAUGGCUCUAUGGGAGUGGAUAGCACUGAGUCUUCAUUGCUGGGUUUUAGCAGUUGCUGCUGUCUCGGAUCAGCAUGCCACAAGCCCCUUCGACUGGCUCCUCUCUGAUAAGGGACCCUUCCACCGCUCACAGGAAUACACUGAUUUUGUGGACAGAAGCCGACAGGGAUUUAGCACAAGAUACAAGAUCUACAGAGAGUUUGGCCGCUGGAAAGUAAACAAUCUUGCUGUGGAGAGAAGAAAUUUCCUUGGCUCCCCACUGCCGCUUGCCCCCGAGUUCUUUCGUAACAUAAGGCUGCUGGGACGGCGCCCGACCCUUCAACAGAUCACAGAAAACCUGAUCAAGAAAUAUGGGACACAUUUCCUGCUCUCAGCUACCCUGGGAGGAGAGGAGUCACUCACGAUUUUUGUGGACAAACGGAAGCUGAGCAAGAGGUCGGAAGGGAGUGACCCCAGUGCCAACAGCUCUGUGGUGACUCUGGAGACCCUGCACCAGCUGGCAGCCUCCUACUUCAUCGACAGGGACAGCACCCUGCGCCGGCUGCACCACAUCCAGAUUGCCUCCACUGCCAUCAAGGUGACAGAGACGCGGACGGGUCCCCUCGGCUGCAGUAACUAUGACAACCUAGAUUCUGUCAGCUCCGUCCUGGUUCAGAGUCCUGAAAAUAAGAUUCAGUUGCAAGGUCUUCAGGUCAUCCUUCCCGAGUACCUGCAAGAGCACUUUGUGCAGGCAGCUCUGAGCUACAUUGCCUGCAAUUCAGAGGGGGAGUUCAUCUGCAAGGACAAUGACUGCUGGUGUCAGUGUGGCCCCAAAUUCCCCGAGUGCAACUGCCCCUACAUGGACAUUCAAGCCAUGGAAGAGAACCUGCUCCGCAUAACUGAGACCUGGAAUGCCUACAACAGUGAAUUUGAAGAAUCUGAUGAAUUCAAAUUAUUUAUGAAGAGGCUGCCUAUGAAUUAUUUCCUGAACACAUCUGCUGUGAUGCAUUUGUGGACAAUGGAUUCUAAUUUCCAGCGCCGCUACGAGCAGCUGGAGAGCAGCAUGAGGCAGCUCUUCCUCAAGGCCCAGAGAACGGUGCACAAGCUCUUCAGCCUCAGCAAGAGGUGCCACAAGCAGCCCCUCAUCCGCAUGCCACGGCAGAGGUCUUCCAACUACUGGCUCAACCGCAUCCAGUCGUUCCUCUACUGCAACGAGAACGGGCUCCUGGGCAGCUUCUCCGAGGAGACCCACACGUGCACCUGCCCCAAUGACCAGGUGGCCUGCCACGGCUUCCUGCCCUGCACCGUGGGCGACGGCCCCGCCUGCCUCAGCUGCGCCCCCGACAACCGCACGCGCUGCGGCAGCUGCAACGCCGGCUACAUGCUGAGCCAGGGGCUGUGCAAGCCCGAGGUGGCCGACUCCACCGAGCACUACAUCGGCUUCGAGACCGACCUGCAGGACCUGGAGAUGAGGUACCUGCUGCAGAAGACGGACCGGAGGAUCGAGGUGCACGCCAUCUUCAUCAGCAACGACCUGCGCCUCAACAGCUGGUUCGACCCCUCGUGGCGCAAGCGGAUGCUGCUGACUCUUAAGAGCAACAAGUACAAGUCCAGCCUGGUCCAUAUGAUACUGGGCCUCUCCCUGCAAAUUUGCCUGACUAAGAACAGCACCUUAGAGCCCGUCCUUGCUGUUUAUAUCAACCCUUUUGGGGGCAGCCACUCUGAGAGCUGGUUUAUGCCUGUGAACGAAAAUAAUUUCCCAGACUGGGAGCGGACUAAGCUGGACUUACCCCUUCAGUGUUAUAACUGGACGCUGACUCUGGGCAACAAGUGGAAGACAUUUUUUGAAACUGUGCACAUCUAUUUGAGGAGUCGAAUAAAGUCAAACGGUCCGAAUGGCAACGAGAGCAUCUACUACGAACCCCUGGAAUUUAUCGAUCCCUCGAGAAAUCUGGGCUACAUGAAAAUCAACAACAUCCAAGUGUUUGGCUACAGCAUGCACUUCGACCCAGAAGCAAUUCGAGACUUGAUUUUGCAGCUGGACUACCCCUACACUCAGGGCUCACAGGACUCAGCACUUUUGCAGCUGUUGGAGAUUCGGGAUCGUGUAAAUAAACUCUCUCCACCCGGCCAACGUCGUCUGGACCUCUUCUCUUGCCUGCUCCGUCAUAGACUCAAACUGUCUACCAGUGAGGUGGUGAGGAUCCAGUCUGCUUUGCAGGCCUUUAAUGCCAAAUUGCCAAACACAGUGGAUUAUGACACAACCAAAUUAUGUAGUUAACCAUAAAUGUGAAGCACAACACAAAACCUUGAAGGAGUUUUUACAGUGCUUUUGUGGAACAGUUUAUGUUUGGAAGAGUAAAUUUAAAUUGUCUUUUCAAUAUCUGUCUUAUAUCAGUCAAUACUGUUGGAUGGCAAUUUACACACAUGAACUUGCUGACAAUGAAUAUAUUAUACCUGCAGUUUUGGUUUAUGAAUGAAAUAAAUACUGACACCAGUCUAGAAGACAUUCUACUUUUUACAAUAAAUUUCAUUUGUAAUUUUAUAUGUUCCGUGGCAAUGCUUUUGUGCAUUACAUCCUCUAGAGGGAACAUAGAAGGAGACCAAUAAAAUUUUGUAGCUGAACAGUUAUUACAAAGAAACGCUGUGGGAUUCUUUUUUCUUACACAAAAGUAGUAACUUUGAUACACUUUUGUGUGUGUUGAACUCAGGAGGGCUAGGUAAAGGGAAGAGAUUGACUCCAGAUUUUAAGAGAAACUGUCAAAAAGUCAGAGUGAUAGGAUAUUUUACUUUUAGCAUGCGGAUCCAAGUGCUCAUGCUGGGCUGAGGUGACAACUGUAGCGAUGCUCUACGUGCCCCACCUGAGGCUUGUCCUUUCCAAGGGGCUCAGUGUGACACCCAGACAUCAGAGUGAGCCCACGGAGUGUUUUGGGAGGGGCAGGAGGUUGGAACUGAGGGAUGCACAGCAGUGGAAGGCUGUACCAGCUCUGCAGGUGAGAGGCUGUCUGCAAAUGACCAAAGUGCUUUUCAAAAGUCUCCCCCUGAUCCUUGGCUUUGCAUAUUUACCAAAAGAAUCAAGCAUAAGUACAAAUACACAUGCCAUACUAAUCAGAAUUCUCUGUUUUGAACUGCUCACCCAGGUACAAUCAUGCUGCUUAGAUUCAAAUUAAUGUUAAAACUUUCCCUGCCAAUGCAACUCUUUAGUAGAUGGGUGUUUUUUCCUUUCUUUUCAGUGCAGGAAUUUUCAGUUUUUAAAAAAAUAUCCCCUUUUACAGAUACAAGAAAUCCAGUUUAUAAAGCUGACAGUGAAGGUCAUUAAUUAAACAUUAUCAAUUACUGGAAUUGAUUAAUUGUGAAUGUUUGUGGAUCAGAAUUAGGUUCUUUGCUAUUUGACACAUCCAGGCAGAAAAAAAGGCACAUCUGAGACACCAGAACCUGGGACUCACAAGAGGCUUUUGCUGCCUCUUGCAAGAGAACAGAACAAAUGGCUGGACUGUCAGAAAUCCUCGUUAGCAAAUGGAGGGUAAAGUGAAGGAAAUAGAUACAAAAUGGUUUAGUAGUACCUCCUUACACUCACUCUGAAUCUGUGUCACAGAUUUAAAAGUCAAUUUGUAUUUUUUAAAUGGGAAAUAAUUACAUAAAGAAUGAUAUUUUAUGGGCAAGCACAGAAAGCAAAACCCCCCAUUUCAUUAAUACAAAAUUUUAAUUCAUCUGGACUUCAAUUCAAUGAAAUUUGCUUUAUUCAUUUCAUUGUAUUACAGUGUCAUUUGAAUUUAGCCUAAUCUCAGUUUAAGGCACACCCCUCACUUCCAGCAAGAUCCCAGCAGCACAGGGGAGAAAACACCUUCUAAGUAAAUGUGGACAAAAUAUAAUAGAAGGGCAGAAACUCUUUGGAAAGCCCACUGUCAAGGGAGAUCUCUUCCUCAGUGAUUCCUGUCUCUCCUUACUUAGUAAAUAUUUAUCUGAUUUACUGUUUCUCUGCCACCCAUUUGGAUUAUUCCUCAGAUAUUUUAUACUAAGAAGUCACUCAGAACUAAAAUAAGAUUUUUGUUUGUUUGUUUUUUGGUUUUGGUGUUUUUUUUUUUUUUUUCUUUUUGGUACUGGAGCAACUAAUCUACAGAUGAAUUAAUGUUUGUUUCCAAAUUACAGCUUUUUUUUUUUUGCUGAUAAUUAAUUUAUCCCAGCCUCUUUCUAAGUGUUCAGAUUUUGGCUUGGUCUUGCAUUAGUAAGAUCUUCCCAGUUAAAAUUCUCAGCACUCCUGUUUUCAUGUUCAAGUCUUUCUUUUGCUCUUUUGUUAUGUCUUUGGCAACUGCAAUAACUUGCAAAAUCAGAUAGUUGGAUUUUUCUACUCAGCACCUUGUGUAAUCUUUUCAAACAAGUGAAAGACUCUGACAUUAUAAAGUGGACAAAAAGCAAAAAUAAAAGUCCUCUUCUGCUUACGAUGGAAGUGUGGGGCAAGCAUUUGCUUCUCUUCACUAAGAAAAAAACCCAAUUGUCACAGUAAAUGAUCUGAGGGGUUUCACCCCCACCUUUCAUCCUCCUUAAAAUUUUUCCCCUAAGGCUGGUUUUUCUUUCUUGGCUGAGGUUGUUUUUUGGGUUUUUUUUUUCACAUAUCUUUCUUUGCCAAGAUUUAAAGUUCUUCAGUGUGCACACAUAUGUCCAUAUUAGAAGACAGAGAUCAGAAGAAGCCCCAAAAGUGGGACAUCAUUUUCUUAUUACACAACACAUUCAUUGUGUUGGACUGGAGUAGUGGAAACCUCCUGUCAUUACUCACUAGCUUUGUGCCAGAUUUCCUAGCCCACUGGUCAUGGACUAGUUUUGGAUUUU